AUGAAUUUGGGUUUUUUCCAGUUAUACAUUAUGGCGGAAGACAAUAAUGUAAAUUUCAAUAAUAUGUUCCAAAACGCACGCAAUUUCACUACACUCCAAACAGUACUUAAUAGUUCGCUAUCUGAAGAUGCGAAUGUAAUACAGCCUGUAGCUGUUGAUGAAAUGGCGGCAAAAAUUUCAAAGACAAUUGAACCGAUAUUAGUAAGGCUUACAAAUGAGGUGACUUUAUUGCGAAAAGAGAUAAAUUACCUUCGUAAUGAAAUUAAGCAAUUAAAGGAAGAGAAAUCAUCAGUAAAGUUAGUGAUACCUGAAACCCCGUAUAAAGUAAUGGACGAUUUUUUAAAUUUUGAAAAACAGUUACAAGAUGACAAAGACUUUUCGGAUUCAUUUGUAAAAGAGCUACAAACUGUAGCAAAGACUCCAAACUUCAUCAAAAACUGUUGGCGGAAAUUAUUAGUAGAUGAACUAGCGGAAAAGCUAUGCUGGAAAGGAACAGAGGAAAAAAAGAGUGUGCGUAGCCUGAGUACAUCAAAAGCCAUAAGAAAUGCCGCAAUUUCUAUUGGAUUGGGUGAAGACGAGUUUAUAAAAUGUACAAAAUCAUUUUUCCAAUUUGCCAAAAAUAGACAAAUAUGCAAAACUAAAUAUAAGGAAAAGUCUAAAAUUGUAGAGAAUUAAAGUUAUAUGUAAAUUGUUUACUAGUUUUGCUAUAUCUUACU